AUGGCUGAGUUUUGGACAGCGGUUGAAGUGCCCCAUCCCACCAAUGGAGAGGGAGCUCCGAAGCCCAUCUGCUACCACCAAGCAGAUAAAGAGCUUCCUCGACAAGCCCAUGCAAUGGCAUCCAUCCGAUGGGAGAUGUACAUUGGAUCCAAGCACCACUCCAAGGGUCGAGUUACUUUGCAGCAGCGUCACGAUAAGAAGAAGUGCAUUCCUCGGUUUCGAUUCCUUGUGGAGGCUCGUCGGGUUUCCUUGGAUGGUACAAGAAUGAGUGAUGCAGUCUACUUUGAGAGUAUCCGGAUUCCCGUCACAUGCAAGUGGACAACGACAACAGAGUUGGAUGCGACUGUGGUGAGUUCGAACCGUCUUGGCAAGGUUGUCUGUCUUGAGUUCCCCCCCAGCAUGUUUGGCAUUAAGAAAAUUCAAAUCAACAUGACUUUGGACGGAGGACACAUCAUGGCUGAGGCUGUCAAGCUUGCUGAGAAGAAGCGCCGCGACAUCCUGUUUGGAGGAGCUUGA